UGCUUGUUGCCAGUGAAGCCAGGCACAGCCCAGCGGCAGAUCAGUCGCUAAGCAAGGCAGGUGGCUGAAGCCAAAAUAACCAUCAUCCAAACGAGAAUUACUGACAAAGCCUCCGAUGGCUUGCGGUGGCUUGGUUGGCAUGUGCGUGCGACGAAGCCUUCCAUGUUUAAACCUUGCGAGAACCGGGCAGGUCGCGGAUUGGUUGGUGAGUUAAAUUAGUUCAGUAGCCACUCCUCUUCUGGGCUCUCUCAUCGAUUCCCCAAUGCUGAACUGUGCGGUCCGUUUCUGUGGUAUCGGAUUGAAUCCUGGGUGUCGAGAUAUAUCAAGUUAGUCUCUGCAUAUUCCCAAGGUUGAAGGGGGCCGUUGGUUAGCAUUCUUCAUAUCCCACACGAUUGACCCGGAGCCACAGGCUGUGUGAAACGUCUGGAAUUUGAAUCGCUGAUGAACUUACUAUCUUAAAAAUGAAGAGGUGUUAGUUUCUCCUAACGGCGCCAGCCCCGCUUAGUCAGUUACGAGGGAGGCUCAAUUAGACACCGGCGCUAAAAUCCUUCUCGGACCAAACAUCUCCUUAGUCUUGAGACCCGUAACAAUCGUUAUACCUAUUCACCACCCAAUAAUACGAGGUUUCCUCGGUUCUGAAGCUGGCCAUUCAUGUUUCACUUCCAUAUGCUGUAAAUUGUCAGUAUGCUUUGGACGUUUCAAAUGCAGCUCGCCAAGUCUUCGGCAUCCAUUUGCUUGGUCGGGACAGCCACGACGCCCACUGCCCAGUGACACUGAUGGCCCCUAAACCAAGCCCGAUCUGCACAAGUGUCAAGCUGGAUACGAGUUCAAGCAUGGGGAAAAGAUUAUUAAAUCCACUUAGCCUCGCGACGGCGUUGAUUUCCUCAGCUCUUGCAACCGCCCCCUUUGGUUGCACCCAUUCUCCUCGCAACUCUCAAGCUUUUUCCCACUUCAUUUCUACCCAACUUUUCGAUGUGAAUGGGCAUUGCAGAUGAACGGUCUUCAAGAUACUAUUCCGCACGACUCUCUGCGGAUUUUUAUUGAGGGUCUCUUCUUGUUGAAGAAUGCGGUUCUCAAUUAGAUCAUGCCUUGCCCCAUUGCUACUCGCUGCAGGAUGCCAUGCGGAGGCGGCUCUUGCACCGCGGUCGGCGGGGGACCUCUGUGUUUUUACAGAGGGGAGAACGGUCCUUCUGGGUAACUUAGUAUUUAUGAUGGCUGGGAAGGUAACGAUUCAAGAUGGACAUAAUGAAGCAUUUGUGAACCAACUUUAUUGGCUCGACCUCAACACUACGUUUAACGUCGAAGGCGGUAUCUCUCCACAUACUCUGCAUAGGACCGAUAUUCCAAAUUCCGCGCCUCAUGAAGUUUCCGGAGGUGCAUUUUUCGCCGCGCGAAAUUCCAUAUACAUAUAUGCUGGCUUGUCGAGUUCGAGCAGAUAUGAUUGGAUGUGGUCGUACAAUGCAAAAGAUCGAACAUGGAGUCGCGCAGUAGUUGCUGGCGGCAAAUUAAAUCUGGAAACCCGGUUCGCUGGGCUUUCUGCUGUUGCGCCGGAAUCCAACCUCUCUUUCUAUACGGGAGGAUGGGACCUCCCCAUUACGGGCACUUUGGUCUUCAACGCGACGGAUAGCGCCAACCUUCAAUGGACUAACGUGACUAAGGUGGAUAGGGAGGACGCCGUCGGAGAACCUCGGAUAGCCAAUGGGGGAAUGGAUUAUGUACGGCUAGGAAAGAAAGGGAUGCUGGUUGCGUUCGGUGGUUAUGAUACUUCGAAAAAAGGAACGAACGAAACCAAAACAAGCCGAGAUUUCAGGGAGAUGGAUAAGAUCGGUGUGUAUGAUAUCGACUCUAGUACCUGGUACGAAAUUGAAGCUACUGGAGACAUCCCGAGCGCGAGAACCGCAUUUUGCACAGCUGUCUCUUCCGCUCCAGACGACUCCUCGUUCCAGGUGCAUAUGUAUGGUGGUCGCAGCCGUACCUGGGAGAAUGCAACCUCAUAUAAUGACCUAUAUGUCCUGACCCUCCCAUCUUUUCGUUGGAUACGUGCCCCUACGACUGGCCUAGAACCAUGGAAGGCAGAUGGGGUUGGUCGCGACAGCCAUAAAUGUGUCAGUUGGAAAGACGGGGAAAUGGUAGUGAUUGGGGGUACAACUCGGAAAGACGACAAACAGCAAAAGGGAUGCAGUCGAAAUUACCCACCUAUCCGGGUGCUUGAUACCAGCACAUUUCAAUGGCAAAAGCAAUUCGAUCGCGACACUAAAUACACUGUGCCUCAGAUCGUCUCCGAUGUAAUUGGCGGGGAUGGAACCGGAAAAGCUACACUGAAGGAACCGGAGGGCGGAUGGCCUAAUAGCGAAGUCGCGAGCAUAUUUUCUCAAACUAUAGCCAGGCGGCCGGAGAUCACAGAUGAACCGCUACCAGCAGAGCCGACCGGAACUCCGCAACCGACAGCUCCCCCUUCAACCGAAGAAAAGUCCUCCAAUACAGGCGCGAUUGCCGGCGGAGUCGUUGGCGGCGUCGGAGGAGUCGCCGUCAUCGCUGCCGCUAUUUUCUUCCUUCGACGAAACAAGCGAAAGAAGACCCCGACCGAUCGAUUCAACGCCUCUCCAGCCGUUCCCACAGCUCCCUCCGUCUAUUAUCCUGAACCACCCCCAUCCCAGCCAGCUCUUACUGACAAAAAGGAUGACCCAUACAUGCGCAUCGAACAAGAACCUAGAGAGCUACCAGCGCAGGCUCCGGUACCUUCCCGAUAUGAGCUUGACUCACCAGCCGAAGGACAUCCCGCCCAAGUAUUUGAGCUUGAUUCGCCUGGAUCCUAUCCGGCUCCUCCCCAUCCACGUAAAGAAUAACCCGAUUAUACACUAGUGUUGUCUUUUUUGUGUACAUAUUUUUUCUUCCUGGCAUUAAUCCUGGACAACCGUUUUCUCCCCUUCUCUUAUGUCCUUAAAUCCCGACUAUCCCAUAUUUCUUUCGCGAUGUUAUUUCUCAUCGUUUACCAGACGAUCUUCAUCCUGCAGGAUAGCCAGCAUUCUCAUGAUCAUUUAAAGCCAGAUCAAGGAUACCAUUUUGUGAUACAUUCUUAGCCCCACCAUCGCACCCCUAACAUUCCACUUCCUAGGCGUUCAUAGGCGAAGGAUGACUUGAAGUACAACACUGAAAUUUAUUCUUGAUCCUUCAAUCCUUUUCUCUUUUUUGUCUUCAAAAGCUCCCUCCCUCAGUACCGGCUACAUUUUUCCUUUACGUCAUUCCCACAUAUACCUAACACAUCAACGGGUAUCCUAGGAAGGAGGAGAACCGGGAAUAAGCAAACUUUUAGUACCUAGCAGUAUGUUUAUAUGCAUUCCUCAAUCGUAGGUGGUGUGCACAUUCUUCGUAGAAUUACAUAAUUUACACGGGUUAUAUAGACCCCCCCCAAGGGCCAUGAAUAUAAAAUGGUUUGCCUUGCGUUACAUCCUACGUACUACCCUAACCACGCUUUUACGAACAAAGAUGCGGAGGAGUUUCGCGGGGGAGAGUUUACAAGGGCUAAAUAAUCGGGGCAGCGGUCAAUGCCAAGAG